CUGUCAAACAUUGAUGUAAUCAUGGUAGACGAAGCCACGAAACGAACUCUUGCACAAAUCCCUCUUUUAAAGACAAAGGCUGGACCAAGAGAUGGAGAAUUGUGGGUUACUAGAUUGAAAGAAGAAUAUCAAAGUCUAAUUAAGUAUGUCCAGAACAACAAAGAAUCAGACAAUGACUGGUUCCGUUUGGAGUCAAACAAGGAAGGUACUCGUUGGUUUGGAAAGUGCUGGUAUAUCCAUGAACUCCUCAAAUAUGAAUUUGAUGUAGAGUUCGAUAUCCCAAUUACUUAUCCGACUACAGCUAUUGAGAUAGCUCUUCCAGAACUAGACGGCAAAACAGCAAAAAUGUAUAGAGGGGGUAAAAUCUGCCUUACUGACCACUUCAAACCCUUGUGGGCAAGAAAUGUUCCAAAAUUUGGUAUUGCUCAUGCAAUGGCACUUGGGUUGGGUCCAUGGUUAGCUGUGGAAAUUCCAGACUUAAUACAGAAGGGUGUAGUGACACACAAAGACAAAAAUUCUGGAGCAGAUUCUUGAUUAUCCUUAGUAAACAAUAACAAAUUCAUAAAGGAAAAAUAUGUGAUGGACAAUUCCUUAGACAGGGAACUGUGCAAUGACCAAACCUGUGGUUAUUUUACUUUUUUUUGGAAAAAAUAGGGAGUCAGUGUGCAAAAAGUCAAGUACAUGUAACUAUGUCUUUCCUGUUGUUAUAAACUUUGAAAUUUUUUUUUUGUUUUAUUGGAAAAUUGAUUAUAAGUCUUUUUUGAAGAGAAGAAAUGCAUACAAUUGUACAUGUACCAGUAGUUGUAAAAAUGUUAUGUUGAUGUUAUUUAAUUUAAAGUCUUUAAUAUUUCUUAU